AUGACCAUCUUCGUUGCUACCCUCUUUCUACCCUAUACUAUCAACUUCGACAUUCCAUCCUGUACCUCGCGGCCCGAGUCUCCUGAACUUCCGAGGCAGCAGAUAGCCCUCACUCAGAACACUCCGAGUGACACUCAGACUGUGAGCCUCUUCACACCUGGCGCAGUCAGUGGCUCCCCGCUGUCCCAGCUCUCCCAGAGUUCCGGCCCAAUUCCUCCGACUCCAGGCGCUACUACCGACCAUGAGAAGAUCUUCCGACCUCAUACUGAGCGAAAAAUAAGCUUGACUCUCCCCAAUGUCAAAAAAGAGGUUCCGGUUCCUGUGCGCGCCAUCUCUCGACAUGACCUCCAUUCUCCUGGUUGGGGUAAGACCUUCACCUGGAACCAACCUCCUUCACGCGCCAAGUCGCCUCCUCCAAGUUCAAUCUUGAAGCAUGCAGUGGUCAGCGCCAGGGAUGUUAAGGAAGUCAAAGAGAAGGCUAUUUCGCUAGCCCACAAUGCCACACACCGAGGACGUCGCCAGAGAACGAGGACUGUCAGCCACGAACGACACUUUUCACAUGACAGCUACACUGUCGAGAAGGCGAUCAUCGGCAACGGAGGCCUAUACAAUGCCAUUGACGCUGCUGUCGAUGCUGGGAUUUGCGAGGAAAAGACCUGGGUCGGGACACUUGGCUGCCCAGUCGAUGCCCUGGACGAGCAUCUGAAAGAGAAUAUUGCCGAGAAAUUGGAAAAUGACUACGAUUGUUUGGCUGUUUAUACCAGUGACAGUGAUCUUAACGGUCAUUACGAGCACUACUGCAAGACCAUCCUCUGGCCUGUGGUCCACUAUCAGAUUCCAGACCACCCCAAGAGCAAAGCAUACGAGGAUCAUUCGUGGGUAUUCUACGCCAAGGUCAACGAGGCUUUCGCCGAUCGGAUCGCAAAGAACUGGAAAAAGGGCGAUAUCAUCUGGAUUCACGAUUACCAUCUGCUACUUCUGCCUAAUUUGCUACGUCAGAGGCUCCCUGAAGCUCAGAUCGGCUUCUUCCUGCACACUGCAUUCCCUUCGUCGGAAAUCUUCCGUUGCCUCGCUGUUCGUACAAACCUCCUCCAAGGAAUGUUGGGUGCCAACAUGAUUGGGUUCCAGAACGAUGAAUAUGGACAUCACUUCCUCCAGACCUGCAGUCGUCUCCUCAACGUGGAGGCGACCAAGCACGGAGUCAUUCUGGAGGACGGUAGAUUUGUCCAUGUCAAUACGUGCCCUAUUGGUAUCGACCCAAAAGCGAUCGAUCUGCAACGACAAGCGAAAGAAGUCAAGGAGUGGGUACACACAAUCACCGACAAAUACCGAGGCAAGCGAAUCAUUGUGGCACGAGACAAAUUGGACAGUAUUCGUGGAGUUCGUCAAAAGUUUCUGGCUUACGAGCUAUUCCUCAACAAAUACCCCGAGUAUCGGGAUAAAGUCGUGCUCAUCCAAAUUGCAACCUCGUCUGCUGAGGACCCAGAGCUGAGUGCUACCGUUGCUGAUAUUGUCACUCGGGUUAAUUCGACCCAUUCGACUCUGGCCCAUCAACCGCUGGUGUUUUUGAAGCAAGACAUUGACUUCUCCCAAUACAUGGCCUUGCUCACCGUUGCUGAAUGUUUAAUGAUCACCAGCUUGCGCGAAGGCAUGAACUUGACGAGCCACGAGUGGAUACUCUGCCAGGACGGCAAGAUUUCCCAGAACAAGUAUGGUCCUCUGAUUCUUAGUGAGUUCACUGGGUCUGCUACAGUCUUUGGGCACAAUGCCCUUUUGGUCAACCCUUGGCACUACAGCCAUUGUGCCGAUGCUAUCAAACAAGCCCUGGACAUGUCCCUCGAGGAGCGCGAGCACCGCUGGAAGGCUCUGUACGAUAUUGUUGUACAUCAGAACGCUGUUGGAUGGUUUGAGCACUACGUCAAGGGUUUGGAACACGCAUGGAAGGAACACACAGUCCGUGACUCCACGGCAGUUCCCCGACUGUCUUUACCCAGUGUUAAAUCGAAGUAUCUGAAAGCCAAAAAGCGAUUGAUAAUUCUCGACUACGAGGGGACGUUGGCAUCCUGGGGUUCACCCACCGAUAUCAUCUUGACCACUCCGAAGAGGUCGGUCGACGUAUUGAACGAUCUCAUUGAAGACAAGAAGAAUAUUGUGUACGUCAUGAGCUCGAGGAUGCCUGAAGAGAUGGAGCGGCUCUUUAGUCCCGUUAGUGGCAUUGGGAUGAUUGCGGAGAACGGUGCUUUUGUGCUGGACCCAGGAACCGAUGAGUGGCAGGAGUUGACCAACCUCGAGCAUGUUCGAAACUGGAAGAAAGGGGUGAGGAGUAUUCUGCAAUACUAUGUCGACAGAAUUGAGGGCAGCCGGGUUGAAGAGCGCCAUGCGUCACUGAUCUUCGACUACUCGGACGCAGAAGAUAGACAAGGGGCCUUCAAACAGGCCGGCGAGUGCGCCAACCAUAUAAAUGAUGCUUGUCGUGGACAGAAUGUCAAUGCGAUUCCGAUUGAGGAUGGACUCAACAUUUCGGAGAUGGAUGUCAACAAAGGGUCAGCCGCCCAGCUGAUUGGUGACAACUUGGAAAAGCAGGGUCAGGGGAAGGACGUGCCAUUCCCCGAAUUCCUCAUGGUAAUUGGGGAUUCGAGGGAGGACGAGUAUGUCUUCAACUGGGCUCAUCGCUUGGAAAAGGCUGGAAAGAUACGAGACGUUGUCACCGUGACGCUUGGUGCGAGAAGUACUGAAGCAUCAGCUACAUUGACUCAAGGUGUUACUGGUGUAUUGUCAAUUCUGGAGAAACUCGCAUGGUCUCAGCAGAAAGCGUGA